AUGAUUGACUCGGUAUUCAAUAGCUCCUUCACUGCCCUCACUAUUGGUCGUGACGCUUUGAGCAUGGUGUCUAGUCAGAGACUUGUAGAAAAUCAACUGACUCUAUCCCAACAGCCGCAAACCCCUCAAAAAAAAGGUCCCCAAAAGAACAUUGGAGGUGGAAGAAAGAAACUCAACGAGGAAGGAGAUGAUGAGGAAGAGGAUGAGGAAGAGGGCGAGGAAGAGCGCGACGAAGAGACUACAACCCCUCGUAAAGAAUCCUCCCAAACAAAGAAAGCACGGCGUAUGGGCUCUAGGAAGUGUUCAAAAACUAAAAUCUUUAGUCCGCCUUGA